AGGCUGCUCUGACGCUCCUCUGUGACGGGAGAUCAGUCGGGCUGUGGUGUGGUCGUCCAGCAGCAUGGAAAGCGAUGAUGAAAACAUAGAAGAGGUUGUGGAAGGUCCACUGGAUGAAGAUGGUCAGCCCCAUGGUUUCUGCACAGUGACCUACUCCUCCAGUGAUCGCUUUGAAGGACACUUCACCCAUGGAGAGAAGAAUGGAAAGGGCAAGUUCUUCUUCUUUGAUGGAAGCACCCUGGAGGGUUUUUACGUAGAUGACACUCUGCAGGGACAUGGGGUGUACACAUAUGAAGACGACAGCAUCCUCCAUGGGAUGUAUGUGGAUGGGGAGCUCAAUGGGCAUGCUCAGGAGUUUGAUGGAGAGGGCCACCUGGUGUUCAAGGGCCAGUAUAAAGACAACAACCGCUGUGGGGAGUGCUGGGUGUACUACCCUGAUGGGGGCUGUGUGUUUGGGGAGGUGAAUGAGGAUGGAGAGAUGACCGGUGACUCUGUAGCGUAUGUCUACCCAGACGGACACACAGCUCUCUCUGGGAGCUUUGUCGACGGGGAGCUGAUUGAAGCUCAUUUCGCCACCCUGAUUUCCAACGAAAGUGGAAGGCCGCGCUUCGAAGUCACACCAAACAGUCCUGUUUACUCGUAUGACAAGUCCACAUCCACGUGUAUGGCCACCCACGCUCUGCUUCCUGACCCAUAUGAGAGCCAAAGGGUAUUUGUGGCGGACUCCACGAUUAAAGGAGCAGGUCAGGGUUUGUUUGCUAAGACAGAUGCUGAAACGGACACUGUGAUGGCUUUUUAUAAUGGAGUACGCAUCACUCACUCUGAGGUAGACAGCAGAGAUUGGGCCCUGAAUGGAAACACGAUCUCACUGGAUAAGGACACUGUGAUCGACGUCCCUCAGCCCUUUGACCACACAGAGAGAUACUGUGCCUCUCUGGCCCACAAGGCAAACCACUCCUUUACCCCCAACUGCAAAUAUGAUCCGUAUGUCCAUCCUCGCUUUGGGCCAAUCAAGUGUAUCCGAACACUUAGGGCUGUGAAGAUAGGCGAGGAGCUGACAGUUGCCUAUGGCUAUGAUCACGGGCUGACGGGGAAGAACGGCCCAGAGGCUCCUGAUUGGUACAAGCAGGAACUGGAGAUGUUCCAGCAGACACAGGAGGCUCCCACCAGCCAAUGAGAGUGCAGAAUGCAGACAAAUACCUCUGGACAAUACAAUAACCCUCUACCUGUGCUACCACUUUUGAAGACUCCUGAAGCAUAUGGAACUUGAUAUCCCUGCAGCUGCAACCCAUAUUGUAGAUAUUUUUGAAGUUACUAUGCUUCAUAUGGUAUUCAAGCAGAAUACUGCUUGAGCAGUUCAGUUUGAUUGGAAGUCCUGGACAUCCAGGGCCAAAACAACACAAGAACUAUGCAAGAAACCAAAUGUUAUUAAAGGAGACAUGUCAGUAGCUGGAAGUGCUGUCCUCUUCAUCACAUAUUACUCAUAUAGGAAUGAUUUACAUGCUUAUGGUUUGAGGGUAUUGAGGAUUUUUCGGUUAUGACUUUCAUUUCUUUCAGUUUUCAGUGUCAAUAUCUUCACUUAACUCUUAUGUCAGUAGAUUAAUGUAGCAGCUGCAGUUUUCAGGGCUCCCUUCAAGGUGUUUAAAAACACUAUUUGUGUGGCAGAAUUUACUCUAUUUAACUUGCACUUCAUUUGAACUUACCCAGCCGGCCCCUUCCAUGUAAUACUGUGCAAAAGAUUUAGGCACUUUAGAUGUUCAGAUCCUCUCCAUCAUCAUCAUCAUCAUCAGGAGGUGUCUAAUUGGUCCAGAUUCAUCCUGCAGCAGAUGAUGUCAGCAUCCUGAUCUCAGCAACUGGUGCUGUUUUGUUUUUUGUUUUGUUUUUUUUUUUU